AUGGAGCAUCCUGCUGGCGGCUACAAGAAACUGUUUGAAACUGUGGAGGAGCUGUCCUCGCCACUAACCGCACAUGUGACAGGUCGAAUCCCCCUCUGGCUCAGCGGCAGUCUCCUCCGAUGUGGGCCAGGGCUCUUUGAAGUUGGAUCGGAGCCAUUUUACCACCUGUUUGAUGGGCAAGCCCUCCUGCACAAGUUUGACUUUAAAGAAGGACAUGUGACAUAUCAUAGAAGGUUCAUCCGCACCGAUGCUUAUGUACGGGCAAUGACUGAGAAAAGAAUCGUCUUAACAGAAUUUGGCACCUGUGCUUUCCCAGACCCUUGCAAGAAUAUCUUUUCCCGGUUUUUUUCUUACUUUCGAGGAGUGGAGAUUACCGACAACGCCCUAGUUAAUAUCUACCCAGUGGGGGAAGACUACUAUGCCUGCACAGAAACUAACCUUAUUACAAAGGUUAAUCCAGAGACCUUGGAAACUAUUAAGCAGGUUGAUCUGUGCAACUACGUCUCAGUCAAUGGAGCCACUGCCCACCCUCACAUUGAAAGCGACGGAACCGUUUACAACAUUGGUAAUUGCUUUGGGAAGAAUUUUUCGAUUGCCUACAAUAUUGUAAAGAUCCCUCCACUGCAAGCAGACAAACAAGACCCAAUAAGCAAGUCAGAGGUCGUUGUACAAUUCCCCUGCAGUGACCGAUUCAAGCCAUCUUACGUCCAUAGCUUUGGCUUGACUCCCAACUAUAUUGUGUUUGUGGAGACACCAGUGAAAAUUAACCUAUUCAAGUUCCUUUCAUCAUGGAGUCUGUGGGGAGCCAACUAUAUGGACUGUUUCGAGUCCAAUGAAACCAUGGGGGUUUGGCUUCAUAUUGCUGACAAAAAAAGAAGAAAAUACCUGAAUAAUAAAUACCGGACUUCUUCUUUUAAUCUCUUCCAUCACAUCAACACCUAUGAAGACAAUGGAUUUCUGAUUGCAGAUCUAUGUUGCUGGAAAGGAUUAUGCAACUGGGUGACUGGGAGGCCGCGGGGCCCCACAGCCACUCAAUGCCACGGCCAAAAGCAGCUCUCCCAGUCCGUUCCAGGCCUGCCCGGCUCUCGUUUCUGCCCUGCUUCUCUCUGCAGGACGACAUGGCGCGAUCCAGAAACGAAACCUCCGAAGACUGCGGUUCGGGCGGUUUGUUCUCGCAUUCCUUUACACUCGCCUCCGCUGUUCCGCCCCUCGCAGGCUGACACGGGCAAGAAUCUGGUCACGCUCCCCAACACCACUGCCACUGCCAUCCUGUGCAGCGACGAGACCAUCUGGCUGGAACCCGAGGUUCUGUUCGCGGGGCCUCGCCAAGCGUUUGAAUUUCCUCAAAUCAAUUACCAGAAGUAUAGUGGAAAACCUUAUACUUAUGCCUAUGGACUUGGCUUGAAUCACUUUGUUCCAGACAGGCUCUGUAAGCUGAACGUCAAAACAAAAGAAACUUGGGUUUGGCAAGAGGCUGAUUCCUACCCAUCAGAGCCCAUCUUUGUGUCGCACCCCGAGGCCAUGGACGAAGAUGACGGUGUGGUCCUAAGCAUCGUGGUGAGCCCUGGGGCAGGGCAAAAGCCUGCCUACCUCUUGAUCCUCAAUGCCAAGGAUUUGAGUGAAGUUGCCAGAGCUGAAGUGGAGAUUAACAUCCCUGUCACUUUCCAUGGACUCUUCAAAAAAUCCUGAGCAAGACACUGGAAGUUCUGCUUUUCUCUUUCAAAGUGUGAUGACAAACCAAGAACAACAAAGCUGCUAUCUGCAACCAAACUCGGUCCCAUUUUAGCCUUCUGUUUGUUAUGAUUUUAACGGUGGCUGCACCUGAGUUUGCAAUGUUUUAGAGCACUUAGUUAACCAAGCAAUUCCUGUACCAAGGGUGCAUGUUUAGAUAGUCAUACUUUGUAGGACAGCAGACCGCAAAUGAAAACUCUUUCACGUAUUUGACAAUCAAAUAAAUAUUGAAUGUGAAAUGAUUAAAGAGUUUUAUAUCCAUACUGUAAACAUGUAUGUUAAGGACCUGUCUCCUUCUAUUAUUAUUUAACACUUAAAAUCAAAAUCCUCUACAGUUGAAUGAUACGUGGCUUUGCUGAGUCAAUGUGGUAUCAUGCACAGGGGCUUAAUUAAAAGUCAGUUCAAAUUUUUUCUCAAGCCAGAGUCGAUCAUCUAAGAAUAAUCAGAGUGAUUAAGCUCUAUUUUAAUUGCUCAAAGAUUCUCAAGUUUUGUGAACCUUAACAUUUCCAUUUAAUAUAGGCAAACACUAAUAGUUCUAAUUUUACAGUGAGAAACUCUGUGUAUAAUCAGUUAAGAAAGUUCAAUCAAAUGAAAUCUCACUCAAAUGAAGUUAUAUCUGUAUUUAUAGAUAUUAAAAGCAUAUGUAACAUCAAAACAA